AUGUUUCAGACCGCACCGUCUCCCGGUCGAACUGGACCACAGCCGUCGGCGUACGGCUUUGCCACGCCCGUACGAACCCCGUCGACGUCGUACCACAACAAUGCGGCGUACUCGCAGGCGUUGACACCUGCCGAAUCGAAAGGUGUGCGAUUCCAGAACCAGCCUCUUCCGCCCCAAGUGCAGCAGCCCUCGCAACCGCAGCAGCAGCAGCAACAGUCAUCUUCAGCUCUGAGUACGACCACAACACCAAACCGAUCGCCGUACUACAACGCCGUGUCCGCACCCGCUCCCGCACAAGCACAAACACCAAGUCGAACUGCGGUCACCACUUCAAGCGCUGCUCCCUCCGCAACGCCGUCGAACAAGAUCAGCGGCACACGAGCGGUCGUAGCCUCAACAGCAGGCGCCUCUGGCAACUCAGAAUCAUCGAUCGCCCUCGCGCGGCGGAUCAAGUGGAACCUGGGCGCGCUGGGCCUGCUCUGGAUCGUACCCGCAUUCUCGACACGGCCAAGAGACGUAUAUUGGACGGCGCUGGAUCAGAUCUACCUACAUGUGGGAGGCGAGACUGACGAGCUGGUGGACGGUAUCGUUGGGUGGAUCCUGUGGGCUGUCAGCGUCAUCCUGUUCUUCAACGCGGUCGAAGCAGGCGUGCAGAUGUCCCGAGCUUCUCCGCCUACAUCCGCACCACAGCAGAUCCAAGAGGCGCCGAAGACAGAUAGCAAGAUGGGACCGGUGCUGGGCAUGCACUCGCCCCAGGUGGCCAAGUCGAUCAACUUUGUUGCGGCGAGCAGAUUGAAGGGGUCGCCCAAGACGAGGACGUCCACUAUCGGGGCCGGGUCGCCGAUCUCCCGCUCGUCUCCGCAGAGAAGUUCGCCCAGCGGAGGUUCGCCGACUGCACCGACCGACUACUCGCAAUUCUCCCCGUCGUUGCGGAGAACAUCCAGUCCGUUGCCUUCGCCCUCCAGCGGCGGUGGGUUUGGAAGCAGCUCAUCGCGGAUGGGCACACCGACUCAAACCGGAGCGGACUACGCAAUGGGAUUGGGUGCGGGAGCAUCGUCUUCGCCACUAGCAGCAUUCAGGGCGAGGCACGCCUCGAGGGGGUCGGUCUCGCCGAGCUCGAUCCGCGCGCGCUCGAUCACCCCUUCCGUCAGCGGCGGUCUGGCAGAGACGAGCCUCAGCUUCGACGAUGCCUCCGACGACGUCGACGGCGGGCAGACCUUUUUGGGCGAUGAGAGCUUCGAAGUGGAUCGAGCGUUGCGGAAUCUGCGCAGCUCGUUGGGCGGCGUCUCCUCCACCCCUGCACCGUCUUUCAGGUAG